AUGAUAGCAAACUCCAUAAGAAUACUACCUUCGAUUUCCAGCCUGACAAACAUUGGGGAUCCAAUGCAGCAUCCUUCUCCUGAGCGAGGACAUGGGAAUUUGUUACCACCGAUUGAGAAUUUUUUCUCAGGUGAGGUUCAUAGUCAAAAAAGGAUUAAGUUAGAAGAACCAGGAAAAGAGAAUGAAAGAGAAGAAGACACCGCUCUAUGGCAAGCAAAACAGAAAUUGGCACAGGCAAUUGACAUGAUCCAGAGCAGUUCAAGCGAGAAUGUUUGCUCGUCUAUAGAUGUAGUCAAAUCAGCAUGUGGUAUGCUGGAAGACUAUGCCCGUUCUCUGGAAAAAGCAAAUGGCAGGAGGGCUUUAAGCGAUUCGUCUGAUCUCCCAAACCAAGCCAAUGAUUGGAGUAACUAUCCUUCAACUUCUAUUAUUGCAACAACCAGAGACCACAUUCCAAGAGGACCUCCACCAUUGCCUUUUUGUCAGUCAACUUUAUCAGUCCCUAGUUAUUAUCCUUUUCCAUCAAUGCCGCAAUGUCCUAUGCCUGGAUACUUUCCUUAUCCAUUGGAACAGUCGCCGAUAAUGCCUGGACGUUUGCACCCGAUCUCAGUGCAACAUGUCAAUUCGGCGCCGUGCAGAUCUCCAUCAAAUUCGAACAUUCACAUGAACGACCAACACUUUCAAACGCUUCCAAAUCAAUGUGGCCAGCACUUUGACCCUCAACAACAAACUGAGCAACCAACUAGGAGGAGACCCGUGUGCCAGAAAUGUGGAAUUACAGAGACUCCUGAGUGGAGGGGAGGCCCCAAUGGUUCCAGAACCUUGUGCAAUGCCUGCGGCUUGUUCCUUGCUAAACUAUCCAAGAGAAUGGGUGAACAAGCGGCAACCGCAGACUUUUUCGCUGGAGAGCAGGCAAGAGGAAGGCGACGCAGGACUUAUGCUUCCCAUGAUAGCAAGAAACGGCUUUGA